AUGGCUGACUCCCGCCCUGCUCCUCUUCGCCUCGGCAGCGUCGCGCCCAACUUCCAGGCCGAGACGACCAACGGCCCGAUCGACUUCCACGAGUUUGUCGGCGACAACUGGGUCGUCUUCUUCUCGCACCCCGAGGAUUACACCCCCGUGUGCACGACCGAGCUCGGCGCCUUCGCCAAGCUCGAGCCCGACUUCACCAAGCGCGGCGUCAAGCUGAUCGGCCUCUCGGCCAACACGCUCGGCAGCCACGAGGGCUGGAUCAAGGACAUUGACGAGGUGACGGGCUCGUCCGUCAAGUUCCCCAUCAUCGCCGACAAGGAGCGCAAGGUCGCCCUCGCCUACGACAUGAUCGACCACCAGGACGCCACCAACGUCGACGAGAAGGGCACCGCCUUCACCAUCCGCUCCGUCUUCAUCAUCGACCCCAAGAAGACCAUCCGCACCAUCCUCUCCUACCCCGCCUCCACCGGCCGCAACUCGGCCGAGGUCCUCCGCAUCGUCGACUCGCUGCAGACCGGCGACAAGCACAAGAUCACCACCCCCAUCAACUGGGUCCCCGGUGACGACGUCAUUGUCCACCCCGCCGUCAAGAACGAGCAGGCCAAGGAGCUGUUCCCCGAGUUCCGCAUCGUCAAGCCCUACCUGCGAUUCACCCCUUUGCCCAAGGAGAAGGCGACCGUCGCGUAA